UAGCUAGAUGACCCUUAAUCUAAAUUUGUAUACAUUAUUCUGCAGAUUCGUCAAUCAGGAGACGUGAAACCAUCGCAAUGGACGUCGAAGAGAAAACCAACCCUUCACCAAACCCCAUCGCUAUGAAGUAUCCCCAAAGGUGGAGUGUAAAGAUACUCAACGACACCUGAAAAUCCCCACCUAAAAAUGAAGCCUAUAACCUUCGAAAACCUCCGCCGUCUGGUAGGCGGUGGAAGGAAAAAGAAAGACAAAGAGUGCUCGUUCAAACGAAGCGAUUCUUUCAAAAGGAUCUCAAUUCGGAAGAGUUACCUGGAUCGGGGCAAGAAGAAACACAUCUCGAAGCUGGAGGUCGCUACUCAAACCGUCACCGAAGAAGAGCUGCUAGCUGAAACGAAAAAGGUGGAUUCAUCGUGCCAGGUGGACAGACAAGAGCUGAAUGCUGGAGAGGAAACGUAUAAGAAGCCGGAACCGAGGUGCAAUACUAAGUACAAAGUCGAGGUGAACAGUGAGCAUAGCGUAGUAGCUUAUGGCCAGUGGUUGAACGGCAUCAGGAAGGAUGACCAUCCUUGCCAUAGUGGCAUCAAAGGGUCAGAAAGGACUAUAAUCUACGUGCCAGCGUCUGAUGAGAGGCCCCCAUCACCGGUCAUCAGACAACUAUCUUCCUCACCUGUCUUCAGGAAAAAACCCUCGCCAGUACCUAAGAAAAGAGUCAGUCCCAACCUUCAAAGGAAAGAAAGCAAUGACUCCGCUGUGGAGAUGUUCCCUUGGGGCGACAGCACUGACGUCAAGAAAUCACCGUUAGUUAGGCGAAGAUCCAGACACCAAUCACCACCGUUGAUGCCUGAUUCCGGCACCGAAGAGUUGUGUUCUUUGUCCAUCAGCUUGGGCAGAGUCUGGAUGGACGCUCCUCAAGUGAUGGCCCCGAGAAGCCUGGAGCUCCCCAAGUCUUCGAAUCCUCCUCCACCGGCUCAUCAUUCUCUAGACAGCGCUUUAAAAGACCUUAGAGAAGAUCCUAUCGUGAUGAACAGGCUUCAGAAGAGGCCUACCCCUCCCGUAGCGAGGACGUUGUCUUCGACCAGCAACACAACCGCCUCAACAGGAUUGUUUUCUAGCAAAGACUCGGGUUUUUCGUUCUCGAUCAGUGAUUUCCACGCGAACUUUGCGCCAUCCUCCAAAGGUUUCUUCAGGAAGAAAAGACCAAAGCCUAAACUGUCGGUCAGUAGAGACGGGUAUUUCAAACGAACUAGCGGUGCUUUAGCGGUCGAUCCUGCAAGGAACUCCGUGAAACGACGGAGUAGUCGGAAGAAGAAAGGAAAGAAAUCGAAGAAGAAUGGAACCGUAAAAAGUGACUUGUAUCAAGUCGUGGUAGGUAGACCGGCGAAGUCUUUGAGGACGCUCAAGUUGGACCCGAUGAUUUUCGUCCCGCCGGAGAAACGGAAAGCGAAAGUGUCGCGUAAACCUUCGUUUGGUGUGAACGAAAUCAGACAUCUGAAUCCCGUGUACAACAAGAGCGACGAGGAAGGUACGUACGAGUCUCUACCGAGGAGCUACGAAGACCACAGCGGGCGGAUGUCGAGACUGAGCUUGAGAGAGGAGGAAUUGGAGAAUUUCGAGUACGUUUCCGAGGAAAGUGCCGCGGAGAGUGAUUACGAGGGUAGUUCGAAAAGUAGUGGUAGUCGGUAUGUGCCUCCCGGAGUGUCACCGGUGCCCAGGAGGAAGCCCGCCAGGCAGAAAAAGAAGAGUUUGGCGCAUAAGAGGAGCAUCACGUAUCUGGUGAAACCGAACAUCAUCAGGGCUCCGUCUACGUUGAAGAGACCGACCAAAAAGACAGGUAAAAAAGCGCAGAUGCACCAAAAUCGUCCUGACUAGUAAGUAAGCAUGUAGUAUUGUUUAUCAUUCAAAUAACUUCAUCGCGAUGUCAAGUUUUGAUACAAAGAAAU